AUGGUUUCUGACCAAGUUGAGGCAGCAAAAUCUGCAAACCAUGGCAGACAAGAGGAAGGUCAGCGAGUUCGCCAACGACCACUGGUACGCUGGAGCUUGCCACCACCAGAAUUUGUGAAGUGCAACUGGGAUGCAGCGAUUGAUUUAGCAGGGAAAAGGAUGGGUGUGGGGAUAGUAAUCAGAAAUCAUGUUGGUGAGGUGGUUGCAGCACAAUGCUCUACUAGGCCCUAUAUUGUUGAUCCCAUGACAGCAGAAGCUAUCGCGGUAUGGACAGUGGCUCUUUUCAUUCGGAGUCUUGGUGUGGAGAACGUUAAACUUGAAGGGGACUCCCUUAGGGUGGUACGGGGACUGCAAGGAGAUGAGAAGUGUUGGGCAUCGGUGGGACACCUGCUAGACGACACGAAGUUGACUCUGGGAAGUUGUCGGUCCUGGCAAGUUGUUCAUGUCUGGAGAGAAGCAAAUUCGGUAACGGAUAAGUUGGCUAAGACAGCAUUACAGCUGAUUGAGGAACACCAAUGGAGGGGUUCCAUCCCUUUAUGCAUUCGUGAUAUUGUUAUGGCUGAAAACGUUUGA